AUGGCUGGCAGGCCUACGACGGCGCGAAGCGAGAUUUCCUCGGCCAUUUCAGAAGAUGGAUACGGUUCAAGACCGCAGUCUGGGGCGACCACUCUCCCUUCAUUGCCAAAUCCCCCAAGCUCACAACAUGGAUACACUCAUUUACGAGGCAUAACCCAACCGACGAAUCGCUCCGUGCGGAGUAAUCCUGCACCGUCAAGUACCGCUGGCUCCAGCAGGCCCCAAAGCCCUGCUAGUCAGGUUAGCCGCACUCAUGUUCCCUCAUUGACUGCGCACGGCUUCUUCAAGCCAAUGAGUUCCCAAAGAUUGCAGGCACAGCGGCUGAGAAGACCAUUGGGUACAAAGACUAUGCAGCCUCCGACACCCAUUCCGGAUGGUGAAGGGGAUGAUGAUACCCGCAGCAUGGUGUCUAGUAGACAGGGUCCUUUUCACGCAAUGCCCAAGAGCCAUCGCCCCGCGCCGUCCAUCACCACCGAAUAUACUCAGUCAGAGAUUCCCGAAACUGUCGAUACGCCAUUCCCAGACUACGCUUCCCAUAAUGACGCUGAGAGCCAGCCUGUCAACGAGCCUGAAGUUCAGAAAGCUCAGAGACCUUCUCGACUCAAUCUAGCCGGGACUCACAGAGCUGGAGAUGCGCCUCAGAGGUCGCCGCUCUCAUUUCGUUCGGGACUGAGUCUAGGGAGUAAACAUCGACUGGGCCCUGGCCAUCAACCUCUCUCUUCAAACACCACGUCUCCACGCUAUCCUCCAGAGUCCAACGCCCAGAUCGCAACAAAGAGUGCUUUGGGUAAAAACCACGAGUAUUUUGAGGGGAAUACAAUCUUCUGGCUGGGCGGCCGGAUCCAAAAUGCCAGGGAUCGUCCUAUCAACAUCGCGACUGGUGUCUUGUUGGUUCUUCCGGCAGUUUUGUUCUUUGUGUUUUCGGCAUCGUGGCUGUGGCACCACGUCUCACCAGCGAUCCCUAUCAUUUUCGCUUAUGUCUUUUUCCUUUGUUUGUCUUCUUUCGUUCACGCUUCGCUUGUUGACCCGGGGAUAUUCCCUCGAAACAUCCAUCCCUUUCCACCUGAGGACAAUGACGAUCCCCUGGCCGUCGGUCCGCCUACCAAUGACUGGGUUAUGGUGCGGCUCGCGACCUCGCAGACAGCUGCCAUGGAUGUUCCGGUGAAGUACUGCAAGACGUGCAACAUUUGGCGGCCGCCACGUUGUUAUCAUUGUCGAGUGUGUGAUAACUGUGUCGAAACUCUCGAUCAUCAUUGCGUCUGGCUCAACAAUUGCGUGGGGAGACGCAACUACCGCUACUUUUUCACCUUCGUCGGCACCGGGACGAUUUUGGCUCUCUUGCUGGCGUUUGCUUGUUUGGGUCAAGUCAUCGCCUACCACCACCAGAGACACGUCUCCUUUUCCACCGCGGUAGACAAGAACCGCGUUCCAUUUGCCAUGUUCAUCUACGGGCUGUUGGCGUUUCCAUAUCCAUUCGCGCUGUGGAUGUAUCACUUGUUGCUGAUUGGCAAGGGCGAGACAACUAGAGAGUAUCUCGCAUCUCGGAGAUUUCCAAAGGGCGAAAGACACCGACCUUUCACUCAGGGCAACUUCAUCAAGAACUGGAUCGCCGUGCUAGCUCGACCGAAGCCCCCGACCUACCUCCAUUUCAAGAAGAGAUACGAAGCGGGCGAUCAACGUUUCGGCACCAGGAGGGGCCGUCGGCAGGCCACUCUGACGGCAGAAGCACAAAAGGGGGGACUGGAGAUGAAGCCGGUCCAGGGCGCCCCGAAGUCGUUUGAAGGGCCGACGGGACAGAAGAUUCCAAAGAAGUAG